AUGGGGCCCGGGGCUUUCCUCCUCCUGCUGGAGCUCAUCACACUGGCGACGAAGCAUGGCUUGGAGGUGGGGGCCGGCUACUGUCCCACGCCCUGGUCCGCCACGGAGGAGCCCUGCCUGGUGACCUGCCCGGACGACACCUGGUGUGGCCCGGGGGAGAAGUGCUGUCUCAAUGGCUGCCACGUCUGCUGCGUCGUGGCUGAGCCAGAGAAGCCUGGCGUCUGCCCACGGGAGAGGGUGUCGCUCACCGGCCUCCCCUGCACCAAUCAGUGUCUGGACGACAGGAGCUGCCCGGGGAACAAGAAGUGCUGCUUCAGCGGCUGCGGCCUGGAGUGCGUGAGCCCCCCCACAGAGCAGCCCACGGCAUGCCUUCCGGACAGCUCGGGACCCGCGGACAACCUGGACUCCAAAGCACAGCGGUGCAGCAGAGGGGAGGGCUGCAGCCAGGAGGACCCUGCCAAGCCCAGCCUGGUGAAACCCGGAGCCUGCCCGGUCAUGCUGAGGGGCUCCCUGGGCCCCUGCACCGAGACGACCUUGGAGAACUGCAGCAAUGACUCUGACUGCGAGGAAGCAAAGAAAUGCUGCUGGACGGGCUGCCGACAUGCCUGCGCGGUGCCGGACGAAGUGCACCCUGGGACCUGCCCACCCAGAGCAGCAGAGAGCAGCACUUCCGAAUGUGACACCUUCUGCUUCCGGGACGACGAUUGCCCCGAGAGCCAGAAGUGCUGCUGGCUGAGCUGUGGACGUGCCUGCACGGCUCCAUCUCCAGGCUAA